UCCGCGCUCCUCCUUUGCCUCCAUUUCCUGCCUCCCUUGACGACGCGCUCCUUCCUUUCUGCCCCUCAUAAAGGGAGGGGGGAAAGGGGGCUUUAUUUUCUUUAUUUCAACUCUGUGAGGCCUAAAAACUGAAGAAGAGGAAGAAGAAGAGAAAGAAGACAAAGAAGAAGGGCCAGGGGAGGGGGAAAAAAAAAGAAAACUUACACCCAGGAGCUCAAUUUGGGGGUCACUUUGGAUCCAUGUAGGCCCAUUUGUGUUUACUUUGGGUCCAUUAUCUGCUUAGUAUGGAUUUGGAUGAAGUUGCAAUUUAUUUUGGCUACUCUGGUUAAUUAGGGUUAAUAUUUAAUUAGUUUGGGGGUCCUUUGAGGCCAUUUUGAGGGGAAAUUAGAUUGCCUCAAUGCCUUAGCCUUCCUUUGAGGCCUACUCUUAUCCCUGAGGAGAAUAGAAAGAGCUGGAUGUGGCAGAAUACUCUUGAAUUCCUCCUGUUAUUUCUGUGCUUUUGUUGGGGGCCUCAGAAAGCACCUCAGUCUCUAUUGGUUGGUUUUGGGGGGCUUUAGUCAAGAGGGACCUCUUAUUUUGAGGGUGGAACAUCCUGGGUGGAUUUUGAGUUAGUUUUGUGGAUUCAGGAAGGUCACCUGUGUUUGCCGCACCUCAGGUUUUGGGUUUUCCCCUCCAUUUUGGAUGCUUUAAGUGCUGUGAAUUGAAGGAUAUUGGCCCCUUGGAGCUUUGUGUUUGGUGUGGAGGAUAUAUUCUGAAUUCAGGUCUUGUGGAACAUCCUGGGCGGAUUUUGAGUUAGUUUUGUGGAUUCAGGAAGGUCACCUGUGUUUGCGCACCUCAGGUUUUGGGUUUUCCCCUCCAUUUUGGAUGCUUUAAGUGCUGUGAAUUGAAAGGAUAUUGGCCCCUUGGAGCUUUGUGUUUGGUGUGGAGGAUAUAUUCUGGACUCAGGUCUUGUGGAACAUCCUGGGCGGAUUUUGAGGAUUGUGACAUCUCUUCCUCCCUUUAGUUAAGUUCGUGGGUUCAGGAAGGUCACCUGUGUUUGAAGGACUUCACGUUUUGGAUUAUUUUUGCCCUUUUGGGUGCUUUAAGUGCUGUGAAUUGAAAGGAUAUUGGCCUCUUGGAGCUUUUUGUUUGUUUGGUGUGGAAGAUACACUCUGAACUCAGAUCUUGUGGAACAUCCUGGGCGGAUUUUGAGGAAGGUGACUUCUCCUCCUCCCUUUAGUUAAGUUUGUGGGUUCAGGAAGGUCACCUGUGUUUGAAGGACCUCACGUUUUGGAUUAUUUUGCCUUUUUAGGUCCUUUAAGUGCUGUGAAUUGAAAGGAUAUCAGUCCCUUGGAGCUUUGUGUUUGUUUGGUGUGGAAGAUACAUUCGGAACUCAGGUCUUGUGGAACAUCCUGGGUGGAUUUUGAGGAAAGUCAGCUGUGUUUGAAGGACCUCACAUUUUGUUUUUUGUUUUUUUACUGCCUGAAGUGCUGUGAAGUGAAAUGCUGUUGGCACUUUGGCGUGUUUUGCUUUUGUUUGGUGCUGAGAAUACCUUCUGAACUCAGUGAUGCCUUCGGUUUUGGGAACAUCUCUUUCGUGCAGCAAUUUUGGGGGUGUCUGAAAGAAAAUUGAAAAGAUAUUGUCCCCUCGGAGCAUCGGUUUCGCUUUUAGUGGAGGAUCAGUACUGAAUAGGCGAUGCCAUCAAUUUUGAGGGAGUCCCUUUCGUGCUGCAAUUUGGGAGAGGCUUCCACGAGCAACCCUUAGUGGCAUGUUGGGUUUUGGGGGGCAUGAGGUCAGAGGAGGUGUUGACAACUGUGUGGCAAUAGCUGGGGCAAAGGGAACAAAAAGAGAGUCCCCUUGAGAACACAAAUUCUUUCUUUGGAGCAGAGCUUUGGUUCUGCAGAGGGCUGCCAGCAAAACCUGAGGGUCUGGAGUUUGAUUUAGAAACCAGAGGGGCCUCUUUUCCUGAACUGAGGAAGGGAAAGUCUCCUUCUCCCUUUUGCCAGCUACACACAGGAAGAGGGAGCGCACACAGAGCCCUCUCUGCAUCUGCUGCAAUGACAGGCAAGUCGGUGCGGGACGUGGACAGGUACCAGGCGGUCCUGGCUAAUCUGCUGCUUGAAGAGGAGAACAAAUACUGUGCCGACUGUCAGGCCAAAGGACCAAGGUGGGCCUCAUGGAACAUCGGGGUGUUCAUCUGCAUCCGCUGCGCCGGAAUCCACAGGAACCUGGGUGUCCACAUAUCCCGGGUAAAAUCUGUCAAUUUGGACCAAUGGACGCAAGAGCAAAUACAGUGCAUGCAGGAGAUGGGGAACGGCAAAGCCAACCGCCUCUAUGAAGCCUACCUUCCAGAGAACUUCAGGCGGCCUCAGACGGACCAAGCGGUAGAGGGCUUUAUCAGAGACAAAUAUGAAAAGAAGAAGUACUUGGACAGAAGCGUCGACAUCAGUGCAUUGCGGAGAGAAAAGGAUGACAAAUGGAAGAAGGAGGGACCCCCUGAAAAAAAGCUGGAGCCGAUUAUCUUCGAGAAAGUGAAAAUGCCUCACAAGAAGGACGACUCUCAUACCCGGAAAAGUCCUUCCAGAUCCUCCGAACCCGUCAUGGACUUACUAGGACUUGAUGCCCCUGUUUUGACUACUCUCCCCAACGGCAGAUCCAGCAGCUGUUUAGAGAAGGACUUGGACUUGUUUGGCUCCAUGCCCUCCGAAAGGAAGGUGGUGGGCUCCAUGCCCACGGCUGGAAGUGCUGGGUCCGUCCCCGAAAACCUCAACCUUUUCCCCGAACCUGGCAACAAGUCUGAGGAGGUGGGCAAGAAGCAGCUCUCCAAAGAUUCGAUCCUCUCCUUGUAUGGCUCCCAGGCCCCACAGCUACCUGCACAAGGAGCGGUGUUCAUAGCUCCGGCCCAAAUGGGGUACCCGGCGGCAUACCCCGGCUUCCCAGGCAUGGCUCCGCCGGGCGGCAACAUGAUGGGCAACAUGAUGGCUCCACCGGUUGGCAUGAUGGCGCAGCCCGGAGCGGCUGGCAUGGUGGCCCCCAUGGGGAUGCCCACGGGUUACGGCAUGCAGGCGGCGGUCCUUGGGGUACCCAAUGGCAUGAUGGCGGCUCAGCAGGCAGGGUAUGUGGCGGGCAUGGCCCCCGCCCCCCCAGCCAUGUAUGGAGUGCAGCCCACCCAGCAGCUGCAGUGGAACCUGGCCCAGAUGACCCAACAAAUGGCGGGGAUGAACUUCUACGGCACGAACGGAGUGAUGGGAUAUGGACAGUCGAUGGGCCGAGGAGGGACCCAAGGAUCCAACCAAAACCUCAGUUCCCAGGUGUGGAAAUAACCGACCUGGAUUUGGACCAUUUCCUCUCUUUCAUUUCGGCUUCGGUUUUCCUGUUGGGUUUGUUUUUUGUUUCCGUAUUAAAGUUGCUUCCUGAGGCUUUUCUCCGUUUCUCCUUCCGGUGCUGGACUUUCCUUGAGUGUCGCAGAGACCGCGGGGCCACUUUCCGCCCAACAUCUGAGGCACCGAUGAAGACAAAAUCUUUGCUCUCUUGCUAAAAUCUGAACAGUUUUUUGAGGGGACACAAUGCGAGAAUGGUUCUUUCCUGUGAGAUUUCAACCCAAAUCCCACUUGCUGCUGGUCUUUGGAAAAGGCAGCCAUGACCGUUGACUCUAGCUUCGUUCACAACUUUGAUUGUAGUUUCGCCUUAAAGGCAAUCUAAGCUUUUCUUUUUAAAGGAUUGCACAGGAACUCUUGAAAAACAUAUCAUCUCUUUGCUGGUGGUAGAUGGAGCUUAUUUCCUCCUUAUUCUGUUUCUCCCGUCACAUUCGUCCUGCUGUUUUCCUUCUUUUUUCUUAAUACAUUCCGUUUUCCUCUCCUGAGUUUUCAAGAAACAAUUCCACCUUUUUGUGAACUUUGAAGUCAUCUUUCCUUUGAGUGAGUGGGACUCCACACGGCCCUCGGAUGCAAAAUCCUUCCCUUUAUCUUUUCACAUUUUGUUGACCAAGGGCCGAGAUCCUGUGGGCGAGUCUCUCCUUGCACUUUUUUUUUGCACUUUUUGUUUUGUGUGUAUCGCGCACGGACAGAUGCGUUCUGGCCAGUAUGAACACUGUACUGGUGGACUGGGUCGGCCUGGUCUUCCUUUGUCCCUCAUCUGCUUCAGAAACAAACAAAAGAGAAACCCGCCUGCCGUGUUUUUGAAGACUUCUCUCCGCGAAAGCAAAAGCUGGGCACUCUACUGUCUCAAUUGACCUUGUGUAUAUGUACAUUCCUUAAUAAAAAAUAUUGCGGUGCAACAUUA